AUGGAGGGUCCUGUUUGUUGCUAAAACAUCGACUGGAGAACUUUCUUGGACGUUUCUUGAACGUUUGUGUUGCUGGACUUGCUUGUGGAAACUGCAGGAUCGUGAAACACACUCAAACUUCAGACCACAAACACACUGCUGAUUGCCAGGUGAACUGCUGCUGUAACCCGUCUGGUGUUAUCGGAUGUGUUUUUUCUCUUCUCAUUUCACUCGAAUCCUGUCAUCGUGGUCAACUCCUCUGUGCAUCUCAUGUCCACCGACAAACAUGGCGAGCUACUGGACAAACUGAUAACAGCUGGAAAGCAGUCCAUACGGAGGCAAGCGGACAGCUGCAGUGUCUCGUUUUGUCAGAUGUCCUGGAAGAAGUGGCUGCUGGUUUGUUUCCUGGUUCCAGGAAUUGCUUUAAUGAUCUACCUCGGUCAUAACCCUAUGACAAAACCCUGGCAUCAUGCUUCAAUGCAGAGAGAAGCACAAAGGUAUCCCACAGCAAAAAGACCACAUGCAGACUCCCCAAACACUGAAGAAGAUCCUGGGUUGUACCAUGUUGCUUACCCUCGAAAUUACAAGUUCAUCAUUGACCAGCCGGGCAUAUGUGAAGAGCGAAAACCCUACGUGGUGAUUAUUGUCCCGGUGCCACCACAGGACUUUAAUGCACGCAAUGGCAUCAGGAACACAUGGGCCAGAGAAAAAGUUGUUGAGGGCAAAGAGGUGCUUGUUCUGUUUAUUUUGGGCUUACAUAGUGCAGAUGUUGAGGAAGCAUUGCAGGAGCAACUCCGUAAUGAGAGCAAGCAAUAUAAAGACCUUCUGCAGAGCAACUUCCAGGACAGCUACAGGAACCUGACCAUUAAAACCAUGAUGAUGAUGGAGUGGCUCAGCAGGGAUUGUCAACAGGCGUCUUACGCAGUAAAAGUGGACGCCGAUGUGCUCCUCAAUGUGAACAACCUAAUCAAUAUGCUUGUGAGUCUGAACUCAGGGCAGAGAAACUACAUGACCGGGUUAGUGUGGUACGCUAGUCCUGUCAUCCGAGAUCCAUCCAACAAGUUUUUCCUCCCCCACGAUGUUUACCCUAAAUACGCAUAUCCUCCAUAUCCUCUGGGCAUGUGUUACAUCAUUUCUUUGGACCUGCCUCAAAAGUUUCUCCUGGAAUCGAAGAAUAUUAAGCCCCUAUAUAUAGAAGAUGCGUAUCUGGGAAUGUGUUUGGAGCAAUUAGGUAUCGCCCCUGUCAAACCACCAAACAUGGAUCAGUUUGUGGUCAAGCCACCGCAAUACAAUCGCUGUUACUUUUCUCGACUCAUAGCAGCACUGACUGACAACACAAAUCAGAUGACCGCUUUUUGGACGGACAUUCAUUCAACCAGCAGGCCGUGCUAAGCUAGGAAUCGUACUAAAUAAUAGGCUAUAAUGCAAUAUGAUGUUGUGUGUCUUUGUGCUUGUGUGUGCAUGUGAAAGAAACUGUUUGCUUUAUCAUGACAAGUAUUAAUUGUGGUUCCCCUGCACGAGGAAAUAAGUGUAUUUUGUCAUUUGCGAUAGAGAAAUAUGAAGAAAAUAUUGUAAGUUUGUCAAUUUUUUUUUGUAGUGUGUCAAUUUUUAUGAAGUAAAAAAGUAAAGAUGUACAUUUAAAUAUUUGUUUAAAUAUCACUUAAAAUAAAUAUAUAAACCGCAGCUCUGCAUAGCUCCAACUCACACCUGCUUAACUAGUUGGAUCAGCUGUGUUUGAUUAGGGUAGGAGCAAAACUGUGCAGAGCUGCGGCCCUCCAGGAAUCCAGUUUGAGACCCAUGUAUUAUUGUAAAUAUUCACAUAAAAAUGUCAAAUAUUAAUUUAAACAUCGAUAGAUUAUUUAAAAGUGUCACUUUGUAAUAAAAAUUUGUGUUUUUUUUGUGGAUUGUACUCUGAAUUUGUAGUAUGUUGAUCUAUUGUAAAGCCCUAAAAUAAAUU